UGGCCUAGUAGCCGCUUCCGCGUUCGAGUAGUUGCGCCGCCCCGGGCUGCCGCAGCGGUCAUGUCGGCUGUUUUGCAGCGCAUCGAGCGGCUCUCCAGCCGGGUGGUGCGCAUCCUGGGCUGUAACCCGGGACCCAUGACCCUGCAGGGCACCAACACCUACUUGGUAGGGAUCGGCACCAGGAGAAUCCUCAUUGACACUGGAGAACCAGCAAUUCCAGAAUAUAUCAGCUGUUUAAAGCAGGCUCUGACUGAAUUUAACACAACAAUCCAGGAAAUCAUAGUGACUCAUUGGCACCGUGAUCAUACUGGGGGCAUAGGAGAUAUUUGUAAAAGCAUCAAUAAUGACACUGCAUAUUGCAUUAAAAAACUCCCACGGGAUCCUCCGAGAGAAGAAAUUAUAGGAGAUGGAAAGCAACAAUAUGUUUAUCUUCGAGAUGGAGAUGUGAUAAAAACUGAAGGUGCCACUCUCAGGGUUAUACACACACCUGGCCACACCGAUGAUCAUAUGGCUCUACUUUUAGAAGAGGAGAAUGCUAUCUUUUCUGGAGAUUGCAUCCUAGGGGAAGGAACAACUGUAUUUGAAGACCUCUAUGAUUAUAUGAACUCCCUAAAAGAGCUAUUAAAGAUCAAAGCUGAUAUUAUAUAUCCAGGACAUGGCCCAGUUAUCUAUAACGCUGAAGCUAAAAUUCUAGAAUACAUUUCUCACAGAAAUAUCCGAGAACAGCAAAUUCUUACAUUGUUUCGUGAUAAUUUUGAAAAAUCAUUUACAGCAAUGGAGCUUGUAAAAAACAUUUACAAGAAUAUUCCUGAGCAUUUACAUAAAAUGGCUGAACAUAAUGUCUCACUUCAUUUGAAAAAAUUAGAAAAAGAAGGAAAAAUAUCUAGCAACACGGAUCCUGACAAGAAAUGGAAAGCUAAUCUUUAGUUUCAGAUUAAUGAAAGCUUUUUGUUUUUAUUUUUAGAGAAUGGUAUGUUUUCUCAACUACAGUUAUUUACAAUGAAUAUAGAGUGUAGAACAUUGAAAAUAGCCCUAGAUAUACUUUAAAAUAAUAUGUUACUUCUUCUAAAAUAUAUAUUACAUUUUACACAUAUAAUAUAGGUUAUUUAUCUAAUCGGAGUGUUAUAACAUUUUACCAAAAACUCAGAAUCCAACAGUUUAUCCAAGUUCAGCAGAUUUAUGGCUACUUUAAAAAUCAUAAAAUUUAUUUAAGUUAAACUGGGCAUUAUUCUUGGAGAUUCGUUAUCUAUUACAAAUGGCUAAUAAUAGUGUUUUCUCCAGCUGCUUCAGUUAACAGAUUUCUAUGUAAUCCUUCUUUAUUUCUAUCUGUAGAUAAUAGCUUUGUUUUCAUGUUUCUAUCAAUCGUAUUAUGAUUUGGCUUUAGUUCUAUAGCUCUGUAUCCUGUGUAUUUUUUAUAAUGUAUCUCACAAAUGAUUCAUAAACAUCAACUUAUGGUAAUUAAAAAAUAUUAAAUUCCUAA